AUGGGCAGUGGUUCCGGGAAAAUCGUGAAAUCGGAAGAUGUCCGGAAGUGGAUUGAGCGUACUAUCGAUGAGGGAGAGGAUAUAUACGUUGUGGUUGGCUACCAUACUGUCUUGGAUGCUCGUAUCGCCGAGCAAUCGCGAGAACAGAAAGUUGUGGAUGGCAGUCUAGCUAUGCCAAUCUCGAGUGCGCUUUUGGCAUCAGGAGUUGUUGUGCCAUUUGGUGAACUAGCCGAUCCCAGACUGGCCGGGUCUAGUGGGCGUGCGGAAGACUUGCAACGGCAAUUUGUGGCCCAAGGCGAGCAAAUCAUCGCGGUGCAGUAUCGCAAAAUCAGAUUUCGGUUCCUGUCAAGCAAAAGCGUUGACAGCGAUGCCUUCUAA